GCGAGCCAUGGCAUCGAUCGUCGUCAACGCCCUCUCGCUAUUGCUAUUGCUAUUGCUAUUGCACGCUGGACCGGCGCAAGCAUCGCUCUGCCACGGACCAGAGACACUCGUGCCCGUCGACGAGAAUCAUCGUCAGGACGACGUGGUUCGCACCGCGGUGAGCGCACUCGUGCGGCUUCAUAUGCACAAGCACGUAUGCACGGGCUGGUUUGUCGGUGGCCAAGGUCACUUGCUCACGGCGCACCACUGCGUUCGUGGAGUGGACGCGACGGCCAUUGUUGUUGAGGUCCCGUCCCACAACGGGUCGAUGCGUCGUCUUGCGACUGGUGUCGAUAUUGUCGCCGUCUCGGAAGCGCUCGACUAUGCGCUCCUUCGGCCGUGGAAUGGCACCUUGCGCGGCCGCCACCAUUUGAUGUUGCACCACGACACCUCCGACCUGCUCGGUCUUUCCGCCGUUCUUCCGCAGUUCACUGAUGGCACGUCCCCGCCGUUCUUGUCCCGUGACGGCCAAAUCCUUACAACCACGUACACUGGCUGCGGUCGCGGCGGACGUCUCGGGUACGCGCUCUCGACCAAGACGUGUGCGUCCGGGUCGCCGAUCCUGUCGACAGCCACGGGCGCCGUUUUGGGACUGCACACAUGUGGCGGCUGCAACACGGAGCAAGGGCGGUUGAACAGCGGUGUCGCUGCCACCGACAUCGCUGCCGACUUGAAGCGGCAAAAGGCGUUGCCACCAGCAGCGCUGGCGACUACGGUGCCACAUUUGACCGAAUCGCCACCCACAUCAAUGGUUGAAGUUCGUGGCACGCUCGUGCAUGCGUCGGGCGCGCCUUCGGUCGACACGAUACUGCUCUCGGUCGCGACACCGGGUCGACUCCGUAUCGAUGUUGCGGCAUGGACGCAGGACGCGUAUGGUCGGUGGACGGACGUCCGCGGCGACUGCGAUGGCUCGUACUUUGAUUCGAAAGUGAUUUUUGCCUCCGUCGACGCCGCCGACGGCCGCCAGCGCGCGCACAUUCUCGUCGAAAACGACGACGACACGUCAAGCCGUGGCCGCACCGACGGCUCGAUCAGCGCCCGCGAUGCCUACAUCGACUACUACGUUGCAUCGCCCGGCGAGUAUUACGCGUUUCUCGGUACGUCGGGCAUGGCGCUUGCUCUGGAGGCGUCAGCGCCGACCGCUCGCAACAGCAACAGUAGUGCUCUCUACGGAUGCGGCAACAUGCUCGCCGCCGCCGCCAGCUACAAAAUGUCGCUCACGGCCGACGCAGGUAUGCUGCUUCGGGUCGAGGCGCCACAAGUGCGUUCGCCAUCAGCGUGCAAUGGAAUCGCAGCACGGGGGCCGGUGCAGUGCCCCAGCCCACGCGAGGGCGCCGUCGAGCUCCGACUGCACGCUGUGGUUGCCGGGACACUGCGCCGGACAACAUCGGCCACAUCGACCGAUUACAUUCGCCUAAAUAUUACGUCACCCGGCCGCAUUGGCAUUGACGUGGCAUCGUACCAAGAGUUUGCCAACGGGUCCAUCGCCCCGGGUGGCCUUCCGAAUGUCUGUGGCCGCGCGUACGUCGACACGAUUCUCUACGUCUUUGAGCACUACCCGGACUCGCUCUUGGCGGCUGUUGGGAAUCGCCCGAUGGCGCACAUUGCGUCGGAGCGCUACCGCAGCAUUAGCACGCGCGACCCGUAUCUCGAGCUCGAGCUCGGCGUCGGCGUCUACACGCUCGUCGUCGGCCAAGAACCGCUCUCGCUCUACGAAGCGUUCCAUGCGCUAUACCCGAACGUGCGCGAGGCCAACGCGCCGCUGCUCUGCGGUCGACCGCACCCCGUCGGCCACUACCACGUCUUCUUCUGGGUGCAGCAUGCCACCAUGCUAUCCCCGCCGGCGCAGCCUGGGUCCUUUGACCAUGCGUCGUGCACGACCGAGGUCUGCGCCCACGAGCAGAAACGCUAAGAAUACACUCGUCUAAGC